CAUCAGCAGAGACACGAAAGAACGAACCCGACGAAUCUUCUCAGAAGACCGGACAGGAAACGCGUCUCCGCCGGCUGCAGCUGUGAAUAAACCGAGCGCACCUCCCGAUGAACCGGGAGUCCGGAAGCAGGAAAAAGGAAAAUAAAGUCUUGGAGGCAGGAAAAGUUAAAAUGAGCCGAAUUUACGAGAACAAGUCGCUGCAGAACAAACCGGUGCACAGCGAGAAGCUGGACCGAGUCUGGAAUCCGGCCGAGUACCAGAGUGGUCCUGGAGUUCUUCUAGAAGGAAAGCUGUUGGAUGUUUCCAGACAUGCAAUCAGUGACGCCAACAACCAAAAGGUCCGGUUCUACGUCCUCUACAUCCGGCCCAGUCGCAUCCAUCAGAGGAAGUUCGACGGCGGCGGAAACGAAGUCGAGCCGAACUUCAGCGACACCAAGAAGGUGAACACCGGCUUCCUGAUGUCGUCCUACAAGGUGGAGGCUAAAGGGGAGUCGGACUGUCUGAAUGAGGAUCAGCUGUCUGCGACGGUCAACAAACCAGAGCUGCUGAAGAUCACCGACCGGCACCGACCCGCCGGGACCUGGGCCUUCUGGUACCCAGAGAUCGAGAUGGACCGGACGGAGCUGGAGACGGGUCAGGAGGUUCGGAUGAAGACCAGAGGAAACAGUCCCUUCAUCUUCUCGUUGGCCAAAGUCGACGGAGGAACGGUGACCAAGUGUAACUUUGCUGGAGACGAACAGGCCGGAGCUUCGUGGACGGACAAGAUCAUGGCGAAUAAAGCGAACGCCGGCAGCAUCCAGAAUCCUGCAGCGGGAGGAGAUGGAGCCGAGGAGGACGAAUGGGACGACUGAGGGAACGCUGGGCUCUGAUUGGUCCUCCGGGUCCGACCGAUGAGGAGAAGAACCUUCAUCAUCCUGCAGUCUGGGGCUCCAGGGCUUCAGUCUUUGACGUCCACUCUUGUGUUGUUGUUUCCUUUGGAUCAGAGCCACAUUUAUCUGCUGCUGUUUCUGUUCUUUAUUCUCCAUGUUCUGCCCACAUUUAGAGUUUUUUUCUACACAAACAGAUGGUUCUUGUUAAAAAGCUUCAUUUUCUCUGAGUGCUGUUUGAGUCCAGACAUCAGAUGCCUUCCUGCUCAGAAAUAGCUGCUCACAGAAGUUCAAAACUACAAUAAGAUCAUUAAAAUAUACGUCAUAACAUCGGAGUUAGAAACUGAUGACAGAAUAAUUCAGUGAAGAACAUUCAUUUUUCUUUUCUAAUUUCCAUGUCUUCUUUGUUACAAUAAAAGUGUUUUCAUAGUAAACCUCUAAAACGGCUCGUUUCUGUUCAGUCAGGCUGAAAAUGAAUCUUUAUGAUCAUUAUAAAUUUUAAAAUUAGUUUUUUUCUUCAUCUUCCUGAAUCUCUGCGCUGGUGGUGGAGAGUCAACGCAUCGAACAAGAAAACAGCACAAUGGUUGUUUGUUGCCAAUAAAAUAUUUUAAAAUGAGGAAAUUCCAGAAAGCAGAAAAACAAGAGAGACCUGUCAAGAAAUUAGUGACCGUCCUCUGAACUGAUGUUAGUGUCUUCUCUAUAUGGAAAUGUUUGUUUGUACGGUGUCCUUGAGUGCCAAGAAAGGUGCCUUCAGAUAAACUAUUAUUAUUAUUGUUAUUAUUAUUAUUAUUAUUAUUAUUAUUAUUAUUAUGAUUAUUAUCCAAGAAUGUUAGCAACUAGCCGAGGGAUGCACUGAGCAGCCUGUAAUGCUAGUGAUUAGCCUAAGAAUGCUAGUCCAGAAACCAACCUGCUUGGCUAGGAGUGCUACCGAAACAGUUACUGACAAGCAUGAUAAUGCAAGUGACUAUGUUAAGAAUGCAAGUAGCUAGCCACCUAGCCGCUAGGCUAGUAUUACCUGUCGCUAGCCUCAAAAUGUCUGUGACCAGCCUAAAAAUCUAGUCACUAGCCAAGUAAUGCUAGUUGCUGGCCAAGGAAUGUAUUUACCUGCACUGUAAAAUGUAAUUGUAUAUCCUACUUAAAAUAUAAAGUGACCUGAACUUAUUUCAGCUUACUCUGUUGAGUUUCUCACUUAAACCUAGUAAAGACAACUUUCUACUGAGGCAAGUAAACAAACUUGUGAGCAGCAAGUUACCUAUACUUUGAAGUAUGAGUGAGCAAGAAGCGUCUGCUCAACCCGGAGAAACUCGGCAGCUUUCGGCCCCAUCCGGCAUUUCUCGUUGAAUGCACAUGCGCAGUUGCCCCUGACGCCAUGUUUGAAUGAGGCGGUCAAAUCUCAACAAGCGGGACGAGACAUACUGCUGCAUAGUGUCACGGCUUUGAUUUCUGAAGACAGAAACCUAGCUAUGCAUUGGAAGUAGUGAAAGUAACAGUUCCUCCUGAAGGUCAGAGAUUGCAGCAUCUGAGGGCCUCUUCAAAAGAAGACGUAGUUGAUGAAGGCGUUAUGGAGCAGGACCAGAAAAACCACGACCAAGCAACCUUGAGAUCUUAGACAGCGUCUCCCUCAGGUCCCUCUCUAUCUCCCCACACAUCCACCAACCACUGGAACACAUCUCCAAAGUUCUGCUGGACCAGCUCAGCUUCCCCUCAGAAGAAGUGCUGCCACCUGCCAGAUGAAGGAGCCUUUUGAGAGGCAGCUGGCAUCGUGAUUGGACUGUACUUUGGUCUGUUCCAAUCCAGCUUCAGCUCCAGAGACGGCAGGUGGGACGAGUCAACGGAGGCCUGGUGGACGAAGGCAUGCAGCUGAGUACAAUCCAGAAAACAACAGAGGAGGAGGAAACAAACGUAGUAGUAUAGUAGAAAAUAUACAUCGUAGAUUGUACAAAUAACAAGUCAAAGGAAAGAGACAUACACUGUAGAAUUGUAGUAAUUGUGGGCUGAUUGAUUUACUGAUUAUUGGUAUUUGAUUUUUUACUGGUAAUAAAUAUUUUUACUUUGGCUCUGAA